AUGGCCUCAAAAAUUCUUUUCAUAUUUUUAACUUUAUUAAUUUAUUUUUCUAAUGAUGGUUUUUCCGCUAAUGACGACAGUGGGACAUGUGUAGGAAAUUUAACAAGACGUGAUGAACCACGUUCUGAUCCGUUAGAUGGUUUUGAUGGUCUUACAAGUAUAGGACUUUCCGAUCCAUAUAAAGACAGAGACGGCAAUCUUAUGGAUCCCGGAUUAUGUAUAUACCAUUGUGCAAAUUACGGAUUCACUUAUUCAGGUCUGGGAAAAUCUAAUCAAUGCCGCUGUGGAGGGCCUACUGCGCUGGUAACAUAUACCAAAUUAAACGACACUUUAAGUAAAACAGUUUGCAAUUUAACUUGCAUCGGGAAUUCAAGUUUUAUGUGUGGAGGUGAUAACGGAUAUACAGUUUAUCAAGCUACAAUUCCAAUCGAUAAACAAUCACAAAUAAGUGCAACAGAAAAAGUCUCAAUUAUUCGUAACCUCAAAAAUAAUAAAACAUAUAAUGGAUGUAUUAGAGAUUCUCCAUACUGCAACCAAAGAGCCUUAAAUGGUUCAAAAAAAGAAUUCAGCAGUUUAAGUAUUGAAGAUUGUGUAGCCUUCUGUAAAAAUAAUAAUUAUAAUUAUGCUGGAUUAGAAAUUGGUUCUCAAUGUUUUUGCGACAAUAGUUUUGAUAGUAUGAAUAUGCUGUCUCCAGAAGAAUGUAGCUCUAGUUGCACUGGCAAUAAAUACGAGCUGUGUGGUGGUCCACUCGCGUUGUCAAUUUAUAGUGUACCCCCGGAUGCUCAGAAAGACAAUCGCCUUACAAUCGGACUUGGUGUUGGAAUUCCUUUAUUCGUAAUAUCUGUCGCAAUACUGUGUUGCAUUUAUAAAAAGAACAAAAACAAACAAACCACAAAAAAAUGA